UAACAGGACAAUGCAGAGGAAUAUCCGAGUGAUUUCCUGCCAUGCCCUGACAUUGGGUCUCCGUUCUCCUUGGGGGCUUGGAUUCCCUUGCCGUACCCCGAGAGGUCUCCAGACACUGGGAACACAGUUCAGCUCCUUCUCCACAGCGAGCCAGGCUGCUGUCCCAAACAAUUUCACCGAUUAUGACUCCAUGAGACAGCAGUAUCAGCUGCACAUGCCAGAGUACUUCAACUUCGCGAGUGACGUCCUGGAUAAGUGGAGUGACAGGAGACAGGCUGCCAAUGCAGGGUCAGAGGUGGCCCUCUGGUGGGUGAACGGACAAGGUGGAGAAGUGAAGUGGAGCUUCCCUGAGCUGGGAGAAUUGUCCAGGAAGGUGGCGAACAUCCUGACAGACGCCUGUGGGCUGGGAGCGGGCGAUCGGAUUCUUCUCAUCCUGCCCAGGAUUCCCGAGUGGUGGCUCGUCAAUGUGGCGUGCUUCCGGACAGGCACCGUGCUGAUCCAUUGCUCGACCCAGUUGACGGCCAAAGACAUUCUGUACAGGCUGCAAGUCUCGACCAAGUGCAUCAUUACAGACGAUAGCUUGGCACAAGCAGUGGACUCAGUGACGUCUGCCUGUCCCUCAGUCAAAGUCAAACUGAUUGUAUCAGACAAGCGCAGGAACGGGUGGCUCAACUUGCAGGACCUUUUCAGAGAUACAUCACCCGACCACGAGUGUGUGAAGAGCAAGAGCUCAGAUAUGAUGGCCAUUUUCUUUACCAGUGGGACUACUGGAGCCCCGAAAAUGACCCAACAUACACACGGCAGCUUUGGCGUGGGCCUGAUAGUCAAUGGGAGGUACUGGCUGGACCUGACUACCUCCGAUGUGAUGUGGAAUACUUCAGACACCGGCUGGGGCAAGUCUGUCUGGAGCAGUCUAUUCGCAACAUGGGUUCAAGGCUCCUGCGUCUUUGUCCAUCACUUGCCGCGGUUUCAAUCUCAGACCGUGCUGGAGACCUUGUCCAGAUAUCCAGUCACUACCUUCUGCUCUGCACCUACUGUCUAUCGCAUGUUGGUCCAACACAAUCUCUCCAGCUACAGAUUCAAAAGCCUGCAGCACUGUGUGAGCGCAGGGGAACCCAUCAACCCCGAGGUGAUGGAGAAGUGGAAAGAGCAGACAGGCCUCGACAUCUACGAAGGAUAUGGCCAGACUGAGACUGUCCUGAUCUGUGGAAACUUCAGCAUGAAAAUUAAACCUGGUUCCAUGGGGAAGCCAUCACCAGCCUAUGACGUUCAGAUUAUAGAUGAGAACUGUAAGCCGGUGUCUCUGGGAACAGAGGGAAACAUCGCCAUCAGGGUGGAGCCUGUCCGACCCCUCAACUUCUUCUCCGGAUAUCUUGGAGAUCCCGAGAGAACGGCCUUGUCGAUGCGGGGGGGCUUUUACCUGACGGGAGACCGGGGGCUGGAGGAUGAGGACGGCUACAUCUGGUUUGUGGGAAGGUCGGAUGAUGUCAUUCUCUCCUCAGGGUAUCGUAUUGGACCAUUCGAGGUGGAGAGCGCUUUGAUCGAGCACCCAGCGGUGGCUGAGUCUGCAGUGGUCAGCAGCCCCGAUCCUAUCAGAGGAGAGGUUGUCAAGGCCUUUGUCAUUCUGACUCCCGGCUACACUUCACACAGUCCCGAGGAGUUAAUUACCGAGUUACAGGAACACGUGAAGAAAGUGACCGCCCCAUACAAGUACCCACGGAAGAUUGAAUUUGUGCAGCAACUUCCCAAAACCAUUAGUGGGAAAAUUCAGAGAAUCAAGUUACGGAAUAAAGAAUGGGGAAGAGCUUCCCACUGAACAUCGUAAAUUAGAAUCAUUAAUUACAAAUACAGUAAAAUGGUUCAAAUAAAUACAAUAAUCUCUUACAUUUGAGACAUCCCAAAACCCUUCACUAUGAAAUGUAGUAAUCUUUUUGUUGGGUGAUUACAGCAGCCAAUUUGCACACAGCCAUGAAGUUAGACUAAAUUUAUGAUCGUCAGGGACACCUGGAAAAAAAACUCGCUUCUUUUCAAAUGGUGCCAUUGGAAUGUUUAACAUU